CCCUCGGUGUAUGCCAUCCGGAUCACCAGUCUCUCCUUCUCAAGCCCUCUUCCUCUUCUCUAUCUCCAAAGAUGCACAUCUCUUCUUUUCUCGCCGGCACUGCCGCCUUCACCGUCGGUGCCGCAGCCCGUAGCUCUCUCUACGUAGAGAACGCUCCUGAUCAUGUCCGCCCUUAUGUCAUCGAGAGAUACUCCAAUGCCCAAGCUGUUGCCGUUGGCCAGCAGAUCUACAGGUUCCCCGUCACUGGUGCCUCGUCCGGUGGUGCCUUCUCCAUCCUGAUGACUAGCUCUCCCGGAUCAGAUGCUCUCGGUGUCCUUCCUCACAUCCACAAGGCUCAUUACGAGAACUUCUUCUGCAGCAAGGGUCGCUACCAACUCUGGACCAACAAGUACGGCGACGAGGAGGCUCGCGUCAUGCUUCCCGGUGACUACGGUGCCGUUCCUCGCAACACCACCCACACCUUCCAAGUCCUGGAUCCUGAUACCGAGAUGCUUGGUGUCAUCCAACCCGGUGGCUUCGAAGCCCUGUUCUUCGCCAUCGCAGACAGCAACUACACCUCCGAGACCUCUUCCCCCUACGUCCCCAGUGCAGCCUCAGGCUCCGCAGACGCAGGCGCCGGCUCCUCAUCCUCCAUGAUCUCCGCCCUCGAAUCCUUCGACGUCUUCGCCCAGCUUGACUUCAAUCCCCGUCGCGACCUCGUCAACGGCAGUGCCCCUGCAAACGCAACAUGGCAUACUGGCAAGAACACCGUGCCCUCGAACUCAAACACUCCCUUCUACGUGGCUAAGAACCAAGGUCCUAUGUGGUUGAACUCCGAACACGGAUAUCAAAUCAUCGCUCCUUUCAUCACUCCUACCCAGGGCGAUGGUAAGUUUAGCGAAGGCACCAUCACCAUCGACCGCAAGUUGUCCAACAUCACCACACCUGUGCGUCAUUUUGCCGAUCACUUGGCUUUCGAGGUGCUCGAGGGUGCUCUGCAGGUCAACUUGAAGAACGAGACUGUCCAGUUGUUGCAAGGUGAUGUUGUGUUUGUGCCUGGAAACACCACGUUCAGCUAUUGGUCCGAGGUUGCGUUUACCAAGUUCUUGUAUGUCUGUGCCGGAAACAAGGGAUUGGAUGUUGAGUUGAUGGACAAGGCUGUUGCUUGGGAGUACCCUACUUGGCCUACUUAUGCUGUUUAAGUGGUUGGAAAGUGUGCUUUUGUGUGGUUGUUUUUUUCAUAUACCAAUUAGACCGAUAUAGAUAGGACAUAGAGCUUUAGAAAUUGAUGUUUGUAACGACUAGAGAGUUUGUCUUCUCCGUUGUUGGGUUUCGUGUCUUGUGGUGUUUGUGUUUAUCAUUUGGGUAUCCUGCACCAUCGUAAUAAUCAUCGUAACCAGUGUUGAGCAGGCGCUCCCUCGACCAAGCGAUUCCAUAAGCCUACUAAAGCUCAUCAGGGUCAAAGACAUCCUCGGUCAUAGCAGCCCUACCACCACCGCCUCUGGCAGCCCAAUCCUCUCUUCUCCUGCGUUCUCUUUCUUCCUGCUCUGCCUGAAGUCUCUCCUCCUCUUCCUGUCUCUGCUUGUCCCUCG